AUGAAGUAUGCUCUUGAUCUCUUGCAUCAUGCUUCAAUGAUUGAUGCCAAGCCUAUUUCUACACCUUUUGUUGUUGGUCAACAUCUAUUAGUCAAAGGGACGUUAUUCUCCGACCGUACUCUAUUUCGUUCUCUUGUCGGUGCUCUUCAAUACCUGACUAUCACUAGGCCUGAUUUGUCCUUCAGUGUCAAUUCCAUUUGCCAGUUCAUGCAUGCUCCCACUGAGGAUCAUUUUCAUGCUCUCAAACGUAUUUUGCGCUAUGUUAAAGGCAUUGCUCAUCAUGGUCUUCAACUUCAUAAACAGUUCACUCGUGAUCUUCUUGGCUAUUCUGAUGUGGACUGGGUCGUUGAUUCACUGACCAAAGGAGUUACCAAGCUGCAAUUUUUUCUCUUUCGAAGCAAGCUCAGCGUUAUCCCUUCUGCCACGCUCACCUUGCAGGCGGUGAUAAAGGAGAAUCAAAUUCUCCAUGAUACGUGCUGCCUUACUUUUCUGUUAGCAUAA